CGGGUUGGAACAUGGGAGAGCCCGAGCUCAUGACCAAGUUUGCAACGAUGAUGCCGGAAAACAAUAUCUCUUGGAAAGAUGUCCUAGCCUCGAUCGAGUUCAAGAGGAAGGCCAAGACAGGGAAAGAGCUUGAUCCUCCGCCCGGUUCAUACGCAGUGACAAACUAUGUCGCUCCCAAACCAGAACAUUUGGAAGUGGGCUCGACCACUGCUGCAACUGACGGUUCCGCGACUGCCGCGUCAGGCCCAUCGCAGACCCAACCAAAAAGACCUGUGCCCGACCGUCCAGCCGAGCGCCGUUCGGCCCGUAUCGCUGCCAGCAACUCCAGUUCCAAGCGCAAGGCAGAAGAACCUCUGCAAUCCUCCAGCAAGCGGGUCAAGGUCAAGGGCACGGACACGGACAAGGAUUCCAAGCUCACCUGUGACUGUCCAGACAGGACUCUACGCCGCGGAAAUGUUCGCUGCCAACGUUGGAGUCAAGCAUGUCCUGAAUCUUAUUGUCAUCGAUAACAUUGUCUGGGUCUGGUAUUACGAUCGGCAGGGCACGAUUCAAUGCUCGGGCAUCGACUUCAUUGCAGAUCUCCCACGAUUCAUGGUGCUGUUAUAUGCGCUGCAACGAUUCAAGGCUAAGGAUUGGGGUCGAAACGAGCACUUCAAAAAAGCCCAGAAGGAAGGUUACCUCAAACUCGACAUCGACGGCGUGGAUCUUGAGCUGCACACCAGCUCUGAAGAACGAGUAACUCACUACGGACUGAAAGGACGAGCCACCAAUGUGUUCCCCGUCACCAGUGAAUUUCUCGCCAAGAAGUACGCAAACGACGCAGGGGUCAAGAAAGAUGGGAUGGUGGCGAAAAUCUUCUGGGCAGAGGAGCAAAGAGAUAGCGAACCGGAGAUCUUAAAAAAGGUUGCCGAGAUCGCAGAGAAGGAAGAGGCCGUGAAAGGCCAUGUUCCCCAGCUGCUUUGGUCUCACAAGUUCGAGAAUCCCACAUCCGCAGUCCGGAAGGCACUGGGAGUUCCAGAAGCGGAGAAGGGCAGUCGCGUACUCUACAUCCUCGUAUUCCGCAAGCUCCUGCCCAUCACGGCGCUCGAAGGCGAAGAGCUUUUCAACGUGUGGCGUCAAUGCAUCUUAUGCCACGUCGCUCUCUGGAAGGGAGGAGUCCAUCACCGAGACGUCAGCCCUCCCAACAUGAUGUUUUACAAGACCGACAAGGGCGUCCUGAUAGGCGUUUUAAACGACUUUGAUCUGUCAUCGUUGGCAACUAGGCAGGGUCCUCAGGGCAACGAGCGCACGGGGACCGUGCCGUUCAUGGCGCUGGAUCUUCUCUCCCCAGAGGGUCAACGAGGCGAAGUCGAACACUUAUAUCGUCACGAUCUGGAGUCGUUCGUCUGGGUUCUCGUCUGGGUUUGCUUGCGUUACAGGCAGGGAGUCCUCUUACCCCCGCAGACUCGCCCUUUCGAUGCUUGGGCGACUGCAGGCCCCGCGGCAUGCGCCGAGAAGAAGUUAUGGUUUCAGAAUCAUUUCCUGCGCUACCGACCCUCAGAUAUAGAACCACGUAUGUGGACAUUGGUUGCAGAAUGUGUUCAGGUGCUUAAACUGGACGCCGACCGUCGACAAGCCCUCGAGUUUCAACUCCAAAUAUCACAGGCAGCCGCCGAUGAAUCAGAAUCAGAUAUCGAUGACAAGCAGACCGACGCCGAGGAAUCGGAGUCAGACAUGGACGAUUUUCUACACAGAUUUACCAGUACAAAAAGCUGGAUUCGCCUCAGCAAGCGUUUGCCAUGA